UAAACUCUUCCGCUUUGUGACACUCCCAGUGAGGAAACCAAUCAAAAUCAAACGGAGAGUCUUCCUCUCUUUUAACUCUCAUCUUCUCGCUGGGUACUCGGGUAGUCAGUUAUGUAACUUUAAAAAUCAAUUCUUGCUGUUUCACGUCUGCUUGUCGCUGAUGGACCGCCGCGCGCUUCUUUGAGGAGCGGCGUCUCUGCGUCCCGCCCGGCGACUAUGGCGUCCGUGUAUAGCGGAUCCCACACCUUGAGCAAGGAUGAUGUGAACUAUCGAAUGCAUUUCCGAAUGAUAAACGAACAGCAGGUCGAAGACAUCACGAUAGAGUUUUUCUACAAACCGCACACGAUAACGCUGCUAACAUGCACGGUGGUCAGUUUGAUGUACUUCGCGUUUACAAGAGACGAUGGAAAUGCUGACAGUAAUGUCUGGGUGGGGCUGAUUCUGGUCAUCUCGUUCUUUCUUGUCAUCAGUGUUUUGGCAUUUCCUAAUGGUCCAUUUACUCGACCUCAUCCAGCGAUUUGGAGGAUUGUGUUUGGUCUGAGUGUGUUGUACUUCCUGUUCUUGGUUUUCAUCAUCUUCCUCAAUUGGCAGCAAGUGAAACAGCUCAUGUACUGGUUAGAUCCAAACCUGCGAUAUGCCAAGAGAGAAGCAGAUAUCAUGGAAUAUGCAGUGAACUGUCAUGUCAUCACCUGGGAGAGAAUCCUCAGCCAUUUUGACAUUUUUGCAUUCAGUCAUUUUUGGGGCUGGGGUAUGAAAGCCCUUCUUAUUCGUAGCUACGGCCUGUGCUGGACCAUCAGUAUUACCUGGGAGCUCACAGAGCUGUUCUUCAUGCACCUUCUGCCAAACUUUGCUGAAUGCUGGUGGGACCAAGUCAUUUUGGAUAUCCUGCUGUGUAAUGGAGGGGGGAUCUGGCUUGGUAUGACAGUGUGCCGCUUUUUGGAGAUGAGGACGUACCACUGGGGCAGUAUCAAAGACAUCCACACCACCACAGGGAAAAUCAAGCGUGCAGUGCUGCAGUUUACGCCUGCAAGCUGGACCUACGUACGCUGGCUUGAUCCAAAGUCUUCCCUGCAGCGAGUGAUGGGCGUCUAUUUAUUCAUGAUCAUCUGGCAGCUAACGGAGCUGAACACGUUUUUCCUCAAACACAUCUUCGUUUUUCCUGCAAGUCACGCUCUUAGCUGGUGUCGAAUCCUUUUCGUUGGCAUCAUCACAGCUCCAACAGUGAGGCAGUAUUAUGCAUACCUCACAGACACACAGUGUAAGAGGGUUGGGACACAAUGCUGGGUCUUUGGGGCCAUAGCUUUUCUGGAGGCGUUGGCAUGCAUCAAGUUUGGACAGGACUUGUUCUCCAAAACCCAGAUCCUGUAUGUGGUCCUUUGGCUGUUGUGUUUGGCCUUCAUCACAUUCCUGUGUCUGUAUGGAAUGGUGUGGUACGCGGAGACAUAUGGCCCGAGAGAAAAGAGCUACUCUGAAUGUGAGGACAGUAAUUACACAGAGUCUCCUGAGCACGUGUCAGAAGAAUUUAAAGGCAAAGUAGAUGUGGAUGGUGACAGUCCUGCACUGAGAAGAAGAGGAACAGGCUCGGAGAAGUCCAAAUCCAUCAAUGGCUUUGACAGCCAAUAGUGAUUGAGGACAAAGACAACUGUCAAUUGACUGGAGAGCCAAGCUUUGGAAAGGGGGGGUAAAGAUUACAUAGGUGGAACAGGAAUCCCAAAAAAACGACCCCACGCCAGAGAAGAGUGGCACCAGCAGAGAACAAGUGAAUGAGCUGAUCCAUGUAGUGUUAUCAGGACUGCAUAGAGGCUUAGGUUAAUGCAGAUGCGUACUGGUGUUUGCCCCAACGCCAACAAGGUCCUCUAACGGCUAAUCCCAGGUUUCUUUGAUUGACAGCAACCGUGUAGGAGUAAAGGAAUAAAAACUGCCUAUUCUAGAUGUGACUGCAUGCUCUUUGUGGCUGGUAUUACACUUUCAAUAUAGUAAUUGUUAAAAAAUAAAAACUGUACAUCGGACUGGUUGACACCAGCUUUAGCUACGGUUCAGCACAUUUCACUGUUAAAAAGCCAUGAUUGUGAAUUAUUCACUUUGAGUUAGAACCAUUAUGUUUAUAAGACAGAAGUCCUUUUGCAUUUUAUUUACAAACAUUUGUCUCUGAUUAUCUAUAUAACAGUUGUUCCUGUUUUUAACUGAAAUAUGGGAAGGUUUUCAAUUCAAGGCCUAGCUGUCAGGAUCAUCAGCGGAGGUUUUUUUUUUUUUUUUUUUUUAAGACAUGAUGUAAUGAUGCAAAGCACAGUUGAAGCACUUUGCAGAAUGUUUCCGGUAAGACUGUAUUGAUUUGUAAUGGUUCAGUAUUUUUGUGGGUCAUUGUGAUUUUGAGUGACUUCCCCGUGCCCCCCCCCUCCCUUUUGUGGCUGCUAUCAUUUUUAUUUGUACAUUUUACUGGAGUGACAAAAGAGGGCAAUUAUUCUCAUUAUUGCAUGUGUCGUCGACUUUUUUCCUGUUGGUGUGUUAAUGGCAUUUUUAAUAUACAACUGCACGACUGCUUCCAAUCAAACGGUUUGGUCCAAACUUGUUCUAGAGCCGCACAUCGCUUGCCUUUUGUCGUCAUGUUUUUUUAUUUUAUUUCACCCCUUGUGCCUGUUAUUGCGUAGAAAUUUGUUUGUGUGUGUGUGUGUGUUAUCAUUUGUGUGUGCUUUGUUGAAAGUCGAUGGUCUUUAAAACGAUCAGUAUCAUCUCUGAACUGACACGGCCCUCACGAUUCUUGACAAUCCAGUCAGUGACUGAAGAACCGGGCUCGUGUUUGACUGCAGGCAUUGGAAAGGGUACACUGUUUGUGGAGUUGGAUUGUUUGUGGAGCCAAAAAAAAAAAAAUUCAGAAAAAGAUUAUCGCUGUUGUGAACUGUGAAUUAUGGCAGCCCAUUAAAAAGUUUUACAUUUCCUCAA